AAGCCCGGACUGAGGUUGGAGCCGAAGGGGGCUCAUACUCAGAGAGAGGGGCCAAGGCGCAACGACCCCGGACGGUUUCUCGCUCUCUUUUUUUAUAUUAUCCCUCACUGUCGACAAGAAAGAAAAAUAGACCUACCUUAAGAGUGUCUGCUGUAAGCCAGGUUACAGGUUUAACAACAGCUUGUGCGUUCAGCAUUUUUCGGAUAAUUUGUUGUUUUCCGAGUUUGGACAGAGGUCGUUCACUGAGCGCAACAACUGCUCCAGAGCAGCGUUUGGAUUAUUCAGCGGACGCGUGUUGUUCCGGACAAAACAGCUUUACUUCGUCCAACACAAGUCUUCAUCUCAAACUUUGGACUGUUUUCAAUAAACUUCUGCGUGUCUUUUAGCAAAAGUAGGGGCAUAAAGUGAGGAGGAGCCCUGAGCGUGAGUACACAAUCCCUCACAGCAAACUCAGGUCUUCCAGAGCGCUGUCUGAUGGGCAUCUGGCUGCUAAGUCUCCUACAGCAUCCCACGAGAACCGUUGGCCCUGCAUAGCUGCUUUUCCUCAGCUGUGCAGUCCAGCAGAGAGGAGACACAGAAUAUAUUAUUUAGUUGGAUUGAACAGUUAUGUAUGCCUAUGGACAUCAUUGCGUCCCUGGACGGGUAACCAGGUGUGUUGCUGCUGUCAUGGCCUUGCCAACCCUGCGGCUGUUUCCUGUCACUGUGAUCACAGUCCUGGUGGCGCUGGUGUCGUCUUCAGGGGACCACGAGUGGCACUUUAACCCAGCUCAAUGUCGUUACGCCUUGGGGAUGGAGGAUGGCACCAUCCCAGACUCUGACAUCACUGCCUCCAGUGCCUGGUCAGACUCCACUGAGGCCAAACAUGGAAGGUUGAGUACUGGAGAGGGGGAUGGAGCAUGGUGUCCUGCAGGAGCCGUUUUCCCCAGUGGAUCAGAAUACCUUCAGGUAGACCUGCACAACCUUCACUUCCUGGCUCUGGUUGGUACCCAGGGUCGUCAUGCCGACGGGCAUGGGCAGGAGUUUGCUCGCAAUUAUCGGCUCCGCUAUUCCCGAGAUGGAGUGAAAUGGAUCACCUGGAAGGACCGCUGGGGCCAGGAAGUGGUGUCGGGGAAUGAGAACACCUACGACGUUGUUCUGAAAGACCUGGGCCCUCCCAUAGUGGCCCGCAUGGUGCGCUUCUACCCCCUGGCUGACCGGGUUAUGAGUGUUUGCCUUCGAGUGGAGCUCUAUGGUUGUGUGUGGAAUGAUGGGUUGAUGGCUUACACCGCUCCAGUCGGUCACAUCAUGCACCUAUCUGGCAUGCCUGUCUAUCUUAACGACUCCACCUAUGAUGGGAGCACUGAGCAAGGGAUGCAGUUUGGAGGCUUGGGUCAGCUGUGUGAUGGAGUCCUGGGAGGAGAUGACUUCAUACAAACUAAAGAGUUGAGGGUGUGGCCUGGCUAUGACUACCUGGGUUGGAGCCGGGAAGCCCUUGGGCAAGGCAGCGUGGAUGUUGAGUUCCACUUUGAGAAACCACGUCUCUUCCACAACAUGCAGGUGCACAGUAACAACCGCCACACUCAGGGUGUGCGAGUCUUCAGCAAGGUAGAUUGUCUUUUUAAGCCUGGCAUCCUCCAGCCCUGGUCCCCCGAACUCACUCUGCCUGUGCCACUUGAGGAUCUGAAGGACCCUUCCUCACGACCCAUCUCCCUUCCACUGGGUGGCCGGCCGGCUCAGAUCCUUCGCUGCAAAUUCUACUUUGCUGACCGCUGGCUGCUCAUCAGCGAGAUAUCCUUCCUGUCUGAGCCGUUUGUGAAGGAUGUCACAGAGACUGAUUCAUUUCCUAAUUUUCCCAAGAUCCCUACCACCACUUCCUCUCCUCGUCCUGUCAACCAAACCUCCUCUUCUACCACAUUAAGGCACAGCUCCUCCAACGCCACCGCCGGCCCAUCUGAACUCCCCACCAACACCUCCUUCAUGAUGGACACCACUGGUAACUGGACGUUGUCAGAUGCAGAAUUUGGGGCAAACACUCCCAGGGCGGGGCUUCCUGUAGCCAUGGAUGACAGUAGUAAUACAGCUAUUCUGAUUGGCUGCCUGGUGGGCAUCAUCCUUCUGCUGCUGGCUGUGAUAGCGGUCAUAUUGUGGAGGCAGUACUGGAAAAAGAUACUGGGCAAGGCCCAGGGUAGUCUAUCCAGUAAUGAGCUGCGGGUUCACCUGUCAGUCCCCUCGGACAACGUGGUCAUCAACAACACACACAGCUACUCGAGCCGCUACCAGCGCAUCCACACUUUCCCUGACGACCGCGACCAUGACAGAGAGAGUGAAGGAGAGUACCAAGAGCCCAGCGCUCUGCUACGACCAAGGGAUCAGAGAGACAGCACAGCCUUGCUGUUAAACAACCCAGCCUAUCACCUGCUCCUGUCAGAUCACAGAAAAGGCUUGAGGUCCCUAGUCGUCCCCAGCACCACUCAGGCUCAGGAAAAGAGCCUCAAUGUGCCCCAGGCCUGUGGUUUGGACAUGGAGAAGGGUUUCCCCCCAACUCAAGAGGAGCCGCCUCCCUACCCUGGCUCCCCUCCUUACCCCUCCCUGUCUCCCCCCGUGUCUCCCCCACUGCCUCCCAGUGUCCCUCAUUACGCUGAGGCAGACAUUGUGAGUCUGCAGGGUGUCAGCGGUAACAACACCUACGCCGUGCCCGCCUUGGCCUCCUCAAGCCCCGGGGCCGACGCCACCCCACUGCCGGAGCUGCCGCGCCAGUGUCUCAUCUUCAAGGAGAAGCUAGGAGAGGGACAGUUUGGAGAGGUGCAUUUGUGUGAAAUCGAGAACCCUCAAGACCUUCCCAACUUGGAAUUUCCCUUUAAUGUGAGAAAAGGUCGCCCUCUUCUGGUAGCAGUGAAGAUCCUGCGCCCGGAUGCCUCCAAGAAUGCCAGGAACGACUUCCUGAAAGAAGUGAAGAUCCUGUCUCGCCUAAAGGACCCGAACAUUAUCCAUCUGCUAGGAGUGUGUGUGAGCAGUGAUCCACUCUGUAUGGUCACUGAGUACAUGGAAUGUGGAGAUUUGAACCAGUAUCUGUCCCACAGAGUGCUUCUGGACAAAACAGGACCUACACACAACACCCCAAUCAUCAGUUAUCCGGCACUCAUCUCCAUGGCCAGCCAGAUUGCGUCAGGCAUGAAGUUCCUCUCUUCCCUUAACUUUGUGCACCGAGAUCUGGCCACGCGUAACUGUCUGGUCGGGGGUGAGAGGGGUGAGAGUGGAGAGGAUCAGGGCGGUGAGCGUCACAUCAAGAUAGCUGACUUUGGCAUGAGCAGGAACUUGUAUGCUGGAGACUACUACAGGAUCCAGGGCAGAGCUGUGCUGCCAAUACGCUGGAUGGCCUGGGAGUGUAUACUCAUGGGUAAGUUCACCACGGCCAGUGAUGUGUGGGCGUUUGGGGUCACUCUGUGGGAGAUGCUAAGCGUAUGUCAGGAGCAGCCGUACUCCAACCUCACAGAUGAACAAGUCAUCGACAACGCUGGGGAGUUCUUCAGAGACCAGGGCAGACAGGUGUAUCUGAGCCGGCCGGCUGUGUGUCCUCAGGGUCUCUACGAGCUCAUGUUGAGCUGCUGGUACAGAGACUGCAAGCUCCGCCCGUCCUUCGACGACAUUCACUCCUUUCUUACCGAGGACGCCAUGAACAUGGUUUAAAGAGAGAAAUGCAACAAAGACGGAGGCAACGCUAAAGAGAGGAACCGUCUCGUACGUUUAUGCAUCCUUGCUACAGUGCCGAGGUGUGGUGGAGGUGCUGCACAGCAGAGGCAGAUGAGAAGGGAGAGAGGGUUACCUGCUUUUAUAUUUGUACUUUUUUUGGGUGAAGGGGGCUGAGACACCGCUGGUUCGGUUUAUUUCCACAUCAGACCCCCAACCCCAAAGGCAAAACUAACCCCAGCUUUGACGGGUAACAGUCGGAGCUACAGUUCACGGGUGGUGGGUGGUGGGUGCAGUCUGCAUAGGAAUGUUCUUUCUUUUCAGAUACUUUUACAAGCAGGGUUUGUGUGACUGGUGAUUAAGUGCUGUAAAGUUAAUGACGUAGGAAGCUGCAGAGAUUUAAUAACAUAAAAUACUCCAAACAAUGACCAUAGCAAGCUAGGACAUGAACAAUUAUUAAGUUUCAUGACUUUAAUUUAUCCAUUUCAAAUGCUACACGGGGGUAGCGGGUGGCGGUGCGCACGCACACAAACUUUUCUGAACAGCACACCUAUCUUUCAGACGUCAAAGUGCACACACAGGGAUUGUCUUAGUACUUAAAGUAUGUAUAACCUACUGUGCACAUUUUAAUCAGUCUAAAUCAGUAAGAUUACUCCACACUUCAGCCCCUUUACCCAUCUGAAAUGCAAAAAAAUGAUAAUCCAAAUGAUAAGUCCAAGCAGUUUUUGAACCCCAUCUUUGAGCCACAGAGAGAACGGUAUCCCUGGUGCCAAAUAGACUUCUCAAACCUGAGGAAACGGCACAGAAGAGGAGUGUGUGUUGCUGCCAAGCAGAAGUGACCCAAAAAACGGAAUGGCUUUACCAAGCAGAGAGACAAUACUGCCAGCCAAGGCAGUGGGCAUGACGGGACAUCUUCAGAUGUGACUGCUGAGGUGAUUUGGCAAUUUUGUGUAUCUGGCUGUGACCCAGACACAAAGGAUAGAUGUAAAAUUCCACAAUCAGCUGCACUUUAAAUCCUACAUGCAUAUCCCUGGCCAUGAUGAAACUCUUCUCAUAUCUGCCUGAUAUGAUUCCUGUCAAUGUGGAUUCUAAUGCAUUUCAUGUGCAAUGAUUUCACAUUUUUGCCAAGAGAGAUCAAAGUCCAGGACUGUCUGUCUGCCUUGUUAAAUCCUCCCCGUACAAGGCCUUGCCUAACCAUGAGAUGUAAAAUAUAAUUUAAAUAAUGGAAUGGCACCAUCAAUUCAUCUCAUUUUAAAUGUAUGACAACCUUUUGUUUGGUGUGUUGAGACUUGAUUAUUCAUCGAAUCAUUAAUUUCCGCUUGUCUAAAUGCAUUACUGUACUCUUAAAACAGUUGAGGCAUUACUCAAAUGGAAUUCUGGGAGUCCUGUGCGAUUGUCAACAUUAACCUCUACAUUAUCCCAUGUUGGUACAUUAAGCUGACUGCGGUAGAAUCGAAGUAAUCUACCUUACUGAUUGUAUAGCACUGUAAAUCAGUCCUGAGAUGAUCAAAAUUAUCAAGUAAUACAUGUUUACUGAAUGGUUGUGCCAUUUGAGUCAUUUUUGAUACACUGUAGUUCAACUAAACUCAUAUUUUUUAUAUAUACUGUAUGUACUUAGACGCUCCUUGAUGUUUGAUUUCGUCCUUUUGUUUCUAUGAGGUUGAGCAUAAUAGUAUGUACAUAUUUUAAGGACAGAAUUGUAAUUUUCUUUACUAAUAUAUGGAAAACUCUUUGUUAUAUUUGGGGUCUUCUGUAUCUCUGUAGAACGCUUGCUACCUUGAUGCCAUUGUAAUUCCUUGUCUAUUUUUGUAGAUGUUUUAAUAAAGUUAAACUUUUCAAAUAAAUCAGUAUGUACUCUA